AUGAAGUAUCCUUACUCACAGGGCACUUUUUUUUCGAACCAUGUCAUUAUUUCAAGAAUCAUUCAAAGUUUUAAAUGAUCAGCAAAGUAUGCGUUUGUUUAAUAUUGUCGUUGGUGCUUCGCAAGUUUUCGGCAUUUGUGCGAUUUUUCUUGUCGCAGUAUGGAUGGCUGAUUUUCAAGAUGGAUUUACAACCGAUCUUCAGUUUCAUUACCAUCCCACAUUCAUGGUAAUGGGUAUGAUCUUCUUAACUGGUGACGGAAUAUUGGUCUAUCGGGUCUUUCGAUAUGAGCGAAAACGUUUCUCCAAAUUGCUUCAUUUAACACUACACUCGAUGGUACUUAUCUUUGCUGUGGUUGCAUUGAAAGCAGUAUUUGAUUCACAUAAUUAUCACAAAAAUGAUGAAGGUGAACUGGAUCCGUUACCAAAUAUGUAUUCGUUACAUUCAUGGAUUGGACUGAUCUCUGUCAUCGCUUUUUUCAUACAGUAUUUAUUCGGCUUCACGACAUUCUUCUUCCCUGGAUGGAGUAUACCGAUACGUCAACUUAUCCUUCCAUAUCAUCAAGCAUUUGGUCUUAUCAUCAUAUGCUUCGUUGCGAUUACAGCGGUAAUGGGUAUUUCUGAGCAAGCCGCCUGGCAUCACAAAUGUUGGAUCGUUGAUCAUGUUUUCUGCAGUCAGCAGUAUCUCAGCACUUUGCUCGGUAUUUCCAUCCUUAUGUAUGUUAUGUGUAUUUUAAUGAUCAUUCUAAAUCCGCGAUGGCGUCGGCAACCAUUACCCGAAGAAGAAACGUUGCAUCGUCUGACCAAUACUGAUUAAAUCACGAGCUUUACUCAUAUUUGCUAAAAACUUUCAGAUAUAAUUACUAAUAUGCCUUUGCAUAUUCUAUAUACUAAUUAAGAGCAAAUCAGUUCACAUUAACUGAGAAAUAUUG